AUGGUCCUUAGAAGGAGGAAGCAAGGGGAGAGGAGGAAGCGAGGUGGGAGAGGAGGGAAGGAUGGCCCUUAUGAGGAGGAAGCGUGGGGAGUGGAGGAAGCGAGGUGGGAGAGGAGGGAUGGAUGGCCCUUAGGAGGAGGAAGCGUGGGGAAUGGAGGAAGCGAGGUGGGAGAGGAGGGAGGGAUGAACCUUAGGAGGAGGAAGCGUGGGGAGUGGAGUAAGGGAGGUGGAAGAGGAGGGCUGGAUGGCCCUUGGGAGGAGGAAGCGAGGGGAGUGGAGGAAGCAAGGUGGGAGAGGAGGGUUGAAUGGCCCUUAGGGGGAGGAAGUGAGGGGAGUGGAGGGGAGUGGAGGAAGCGAGGGGAGGAAGCGAGGGGAGUGGAAGAAGCGAGGUGGGAGAGGAGGGUUGGAUGGCCCUUAGGGGGAGGAAGCGAGGGGAGUGGAGGAAGCGAGGUGGGAGAGGAGGGUUGGAUGGCCCUUAGGGGGAGGAAGCGAGGGGAGUGGAGGAAGCGAGGUGGGAGAGGAGGGCUGGAUGGCCCUUGGGAGGAGGAAGCGUGGGGAGUGGAAGAAGCGAGGUGGGAGAGGAGGGUUGGAUGGCCCUUAGGGGGAGGAAGCGAGGGGAGUGGAGGAAGCGAGGAGGAGGAAGCGAGGGGAGUGGAGGAAGCGAGGAGUGAGAGGAGGGCUGGAUGGCCCUUGGGAGGAGGAAGCGUGGGGAGUGGAAGAAGCGAGGUGGGAGAGGAGGGUUGGAUGGCCCUUAGGAGGAGGAAGCGAGGGGAGUGGAGGAAGCGAGGUGGGAGAGGAGGGCUGGAUGGCCCUUGGGAGGAGGAAGCGUGGGGAGUGGAGGAAGCGAGGUGGGAGAGGAGGGUUGGAUGGCCCUUAGGAGGAGGAAGCGAGGGGAGUGGAGGAAGCGAGGUGGGAGAGGAGGGUUGGAUGGCCCUUAGGAGGAGGAAGCGAGGGGAGUGGAGGAAGCGAGGUGGGAGAGGAGGGCUGGAUGGCCCUUGGGAGGAGGAAGCGUGGGGAGUGGAGGAAGCGAGGGUUGGAUGGCCCUUAGGGGGAGGAAGCGUGGGGAGUGGAGGAAGCGAGGUGGGAGAGGAGGGAAGGAUGGCCCUUAGGGGGAGGAAGCGAGGGGAGUGGAGGAAGCGAGGUGGGAGAGGAGGGCUGGAUGGCCCUUGGGAGGAGGAAGCGUGGGGAGUGGAGGAAGCGAGGUGGGAGAGGAGGGUUGGAUGGCCCUUAGGAGGAGGAAGCGAGGGGAGUGGACGAAGCGAGGUGGGAGAGGAGGGCUGGAUGGCCCUUGGGAGGAGGAAGCGUGGGGAGUGGAGGAAGCGAGGUGGGAGAGGAGGGUUGGAUGGCCCUUGGGAGGAGGAAGCGUGGGGAGUGGAGGAAGCGAGGUGGGAGAGGAGGGCUGGAUGGCCCUUAGGGGGACGAAGCGAGGGGAGUGGAAGAAGCGAGGUGGGAGAGGAGGGUUGGAUGGCCCUUAGGGGGAGGAAGCGUGGGGAGUGGAGGAAGCGAGGAAGAGGAAGCGUGGGGAGUGGAGGAAGCGAGGUGGGAGAGGAGGGAUGGAUGAAGCUUAGGAGGAGGAAGCGAGGGGAGUGGAAGAAGCGAGGUGGGAGAGGAGGGCUGGAUGGCCCUUGGGAGGAGGAAGCGAGGGGAGAGGAGGAAGCGAGGUGGGAGAGGAGGGUUGGAUGGCCCUUAGGAGGAGGAAGCGUGGGGAGUGGAGGAAGCGAGGAGGAGGAAGCGUGGGGAGUGGAGGAAGCUAGGUGGGAGAGGAGGGCUGGAUGGCCCUUAGGAGGAGGAAGCGUGGGGAGUGGAGGAAGCGAGGUGGGAGAGGAGGGAUGGAUGAAGCUUAGGAGGAGGAAGCGAGGGGAGUGGAGGAAGCGAGGUGGGAGAGGAGGGCUGGAUGGCCCUUGGGAGGAGGAAGCGUGGGGAGUCGAGGAAGCGAGGUGGGAGGGGAGGGCUGGAUGGCCCUUAGGAGGAGGAAGCGUGGGGAGUAGAGGAAGCGAGGUGGGAGAGGAGGGAUGGAUGAAGCUUAGGAGGAGGAAGCGAGGGGAGUGGAAGAAGCGAGGUGGGAGAGGAGGGCUGGAUGGCCCUUGGGAGGAGGAAGCGAGGGGAGAGGAGGAAGCGAGGUGGGAGAGGAGGGUUGGAUGGCUCUUAGGAGGAGGAAGCGUGGGGAGUGGAGGAAGCGAGGUGGGAGAGGAGGGCUGGAUGGCCCUUAGGGGGAGGAAGCGUGGGGAGUGGAGGAAGCGAGGAGGAGGAAGCGUGGGGAGUGGAGGAAGCGAGGUGGGAGAGGAGGGCUGGAUGGCCCUUAACAGGAGGGCUGAGCGCCUCUUAGAGGAGAGCGGCGCCCGCCUCACACCACAGAGGAGUGGCGCCCGCCUUACACCACAGAGGAGUGGCGCCCGCCUCACACCACAGAGGAGUGGCGCCCUCCUCACAUCACAGAGGAGUGGCGCCCGCCUCACAUCACAGAGUGGCGCCCGCCUCACACCACAGAGGAGUGGCGCCCGCCUCACACCACAGAGGAGUGGCGCCCGCCUUACACCACAGAGUGGCGCCCGCCUCACACCACAGAGGAGUGGCGCCCGCCUUACACCACAGAGGAGUGGCGCCCGCCUCACAUCACAGAGGAGUGGCGCCCGCCUCACACCACAGAGGAGUGGCGCCCGCCUCACCACAGAGGAGUGGCGCCCGCCUCACAUCACAGAGGAGUGGCGCCCGCCUCACACCACAGAGGAGUGGCGCCCGCCUUACACCACAGAGGAGUGGCGCCCGCCUCACACCACAGAGGAGUGGCGCCCGCCUUACACCACAGAGGAGUGGCGCCCGCCUCACAUCACAGAGGAGUGGCGCCCGCCUUACACCACAGAGGAGUGGCGCCCGCCUCUCAUCACAGAGGAGUGGCGCCCGCCUCACACCACAGAGGAGUGGCGCCCGCCUUACACCACAGAGGAGUGGCGCCCGCCUCACAUCACAGAGGAGUGGCGCCCGCCUUACACCACAGAGGAGUGGCGCCCGCCUCACACCACAGAGGAGUGCCGCCCUCCUCACAUCACAGAGGAGUGGCGCCCGCCUCACAUCACAGAGGAGUGGCGCCCGCCUUACACCACAGAGGAGUGGCGCCCGCCUCACACCACAGAGGAGUGGCGCCCGCCUUACACCACAGAGGAGUGGCGCCCGCCUCUCAUCACAGAGGAGUGGUGCCCGCCUCACACCACAGAGGAGUGGCGCCCUCCUAACAUCACAGAGGAGUGGCGCCCGCCUUACACCACAGAGGAGUGGCGCCCGCCUCACAUCACAGAGGAGUGGUGCCCGCCUCACACCACAGAGGAGUGGCGCCCGCCUCACAUCACAGAGGAGUGGCGCCCGCCUUACACCACAGAGGAGUGGCGCCCGCCUCACACCACAGAGGAGUGGCGCCCUCCUCACACCACAGAGGAGUGGCGCCCGCCUUACACCACAGAGGAGUGGCGCCCGCCUCAGAUCACAGAGGAGUGGCGCCCGCCUUACACCACAGAGGAGUGGCGCCCGCCUCACACCACAGAGGAGUGGCGCCCUCCUCACACCACAGAGGAGUGGCGCCCGCCUUACACCACAGAGGAGUGGCGCCCGCCUCACAUCACAGAGGAGUGGCGCCCGCCUCACACCACAGAGGAGUGGCGCCCUCCUCACAUCACAGAGGAGUGGCGCCCGCCUCACAUCACAGAGGAGUGGCACCCGCCUUACACCACAGAGGAGUGGCACCCGCCUCACACCACAGAGGAGUGGCGCCCGCCUCACACCACAGAGGAGUGGCGCCCUCCUCACAUCACAGAGGAGUGGCGCCCGCCUCACACCACAGAGGAGUGGCGCCCGCCUCUCAUCACAGAGGAGUGGCGCCCGCCUCACACCACAGAGGAGUGGCGCCCGCCUCACACCACAGAGGAGUGGCGCCCGCCUCUCAUCACAGAGGAGUGGCGCCCGCCUCACACCACAGAGGAGUGGCGCCUGCAUCUCAGAGGAGAGGCGCCUGCCUCUUAG